AUGGUAGUAUUUAGUGGUGUUAAUGUAAGGCAUGGCACAGAUGGAGCGGCCGCGAGUGCGCGUGCCGGCGGCGGCGGCGCGCGGCCUGUGUGUGCACCGCCUACAGGCGCGUCACGGACUGCCAGCAGGACAGACCUGGAUAGGUCUGCCUAUGGGAAUCGAUGUUCUGAUACGGUUGAAAGAUACGUAGAAACAAAUUAUAAUGCACCCACGUACCUUGAGAAGAUCGAUGACGAGUUCCACCUCGAUCGGACACCGGCCGGUUCCUUUUUAUUAGCAGCGGUGCUAACGCUGGGGGCGAGAGAUCUACGGAGGGAACUGGACGCCAUAGUCAUCAACGCAGACAGUGACAUGAGUCGGGAUAGCGGCGAGCCCACCGCCGAGGUGUACGUGCUCUCUGUAGCGCCCAGAACCGCUGAGGGCGAGGCGGAGGCGGGCGGCGAGUUGGCCGCCUCCAGCGACGGCUCCAUCCGGCUGCAGCCACAUUUUCAGGUGGUGUGCGGCGGGGAAUUGAGAGCUUUACUACUGCGGGCGCCCGGCGUUCCUCGUGCCCCACCCACUAGAGUACACACACAGGUGGACUACAUACAUUGCCUGGUGCCUGAUCUGCAGCAGAUCACCGCUUGUUCCUUCUACUGGGGCAAGAUGGACCGAUACGAGGCGGAGAGGUUGCUCGACAACAAACCUGAAGGCACGUUCCUGCUGCGCGACUCGGCCCAGGAGGAGCACCUGUUCAGCGUGUCGUUCCGCAAGUACGGGCGGUCGCUGCACGCGCGCAUCGAGCACUACCGGCACCGGUUCAGCUUCGACUCGCACGACCCCGCCGUGUUCGCGGCCACCACGGUCACGGGACUCAUAGACCACUACAAGGAUCCGGCCUGUGUGAUGUUCUUCGAGCCGAUGCUGACAGCUCCGUUGCCGCGAGCGGCUCCAUUCAGUCUGCAACAACUGGCGCGAGCCGUCAUAGUGUCCCACACCACGUAUGACGGUGUGGAGCAGUUGCCGCUGCCGCCGCGCCUGCGCGCCUUCCUCAAGGAGUACCACUACCGGCAGCGCGUGAGGGUGCGCCGCCUGGAGCCGGACCUGUACGACCACCACUGCUAGCCCUGCCCGCUAGUGCUGAUACAGUGAUAUAGUGUUCAGUGAUAUAGUGAAACAGUGACAGUGACACUCAACACGGGCCCGGAACUAACAUUCAGAGAUAGUUACGUAAGUUUACCACUUUGUUUUAUAUCAGUUAUCCUUUAUAAUAGAAGAAUUGGGUUUAGUUGGAAUACCCUCAAUGAAUUAUAGUUAGCAAUUAAUUAAUAUUUAAUUCUGUUGUGAACUGAUAAAGAUGUAUACUGUGUCUCCGGAAGAGACUAUUUGUCUAUCAUAAAUAUGCUGACACAUAAAGUUCCAUAUUUUCUCUAGUAUAUACCUAGUACAUAAAAAAUUACACACAUAUUUGAAAAUGCCAAUACAAGAGUAUCUUCCUUGACUAACCCUUCUUCUAUUACAAAGAACAGACAGAGAGAAGUUUACUUACGAGUAAUAUAUAAUGUGAUCGCUGUAAAAAUGCUAUGUUAUAUUAUAGAUACAAGAAAUUAUGAUUGUAAACAAACAUGGAAAUAUUGUUUUUGUGUAAACUUUGUUUGGGAUAACUAGAAGUUAUCAGUCAAUAAUAAGCUAAUAAGAGAAAGGGGCAUUGAAAAGCCUGUGAACUCUUGUUUUUCAUGACAUUUACAUAAGCAUUUAUCAUUCCAAAUCAAUAUUAACUAAAUUGCUCCUGUUUAAUGAAUAUAAAACACUAAGUUUGCUGUAUCAACAAUUUUGUGAUAUAAAAGAACAUCACAUUCACAUAAGUCUUUUUGAUGAAGCAAAAAAUGUACCUGAAAAUAAUCUGAGGACAUUUUUUUUAUAUUUUUCAUAGAAUUCUACUACUUCUUUAUAAUAUAAAUCUUGUGGUUUUAUUUAAACAGUACUUUCAAUAAUUCAUCUAAAUUCCUAGCCAUAAAAUGAGCUAAAUUAUAAACACUUUUAUAAUUAUUUUCUAAGAAACCUGUAUUAUUAACAUAUGUGCGGAAAUAAAAUAAGAAAUAAGACAUUUUAGAAAUUCCAUAAUCAAUCUGUAUCAAUAUCUACAUAUGCAACCUCCUUAAUAGUGGUAAUUGAUUGUUUAUAUUGUCUAUGGCAAAAGUCACUUAACCUCUUGAGUGUUUCUCU